AUGUUUGGCUCUGCUGAUCUGAAGCUGUGCGGCACCGCCCUCCUGCUGGUCCUGGGAUCGCUCGCCAACAUCUUUAACCUCGUGGUCAUGCUGGUGCAGCAGUGGAGGUCCGGAUGUGUGAAAACCGUGGCCGUCAUCAUCUGCUUCAUCUCGCUGGGCAACGUCCUGCUGCAGAUCUCCACCUUCGUCCUUGUGGCCUCGGUCUGGGCUGUGGUGCUCUGCUGGCCGGACUUACCUUUCUUCUUCUGUGUCGUCCUGUUCGUGUGGUUCAGCAGCAGCUCCGUCAGUUUCUGGUCCGUGGCCUGGCUGAGCGUCUUCUACUGCAUGAGGGUUCUGAGCUUCUCUUCAGUUAUAUUCAGAGUGCUGAAGGAGAACAUCUCGACCAUCCUAAACGUCUUCCUGGGGUUGACCUUACUGACCUCCUGCGUGAUGUUCACCCCUUUCUUCUACCUCAAAUCCCAAAACAAAACUCUUGUUCCAAAAAACAUGACAGAAAGAGCUUCUUGUGUCAUCAGGAAGCCCCUGUUACCUGCCUGGGUCGACGUCAACGUCUAUGUGGUCAUCUUCAUCUGCUACCUCGCCCUGAUGCCCUUGAUGAUCAUGCUCCCCACUUCACUGAGGCUGGUCGUCUACCUCUGCAAACACACCUUGUCCAUGCAGAACCAGCAGAGCGGUUCUCACGCUGCAGAGUCGUACCUGCUUGUCUGCAGGCUGACGGUCGCUCUGGUCUGGGUUUACCUCACCACGCUGCUCACCAUCUCCCUCUACUACUUCCAUGCGAUCUUCGCCUCUGGGCUGAGCGCGGACAUGCUCUUCCUUGGCUUGUCUUUUUAUUGCACGGCUUCUGCGAUCCUCCUCACCUGCUCCAACAAGAACCUGAGAGAGAAGCUCAGAGUGCUGAUCUGCAGCGGGACAAACACAAACACAUUGGCCCGGAGUGCUGAAGAUAAGGAUGGAGUAACAGCAACAGUUUGA